CGAUGUAUUGUAAGUUGCCAACAUUUGGUGGGUCUCAUAAACCAGAGCUAACCUAAGUUUUAGUUUUGUUUAUCAAUUAAUUUUAAUUUCAAGAAGUAAAAAAUAAAAUACAAUCACAGUAAACAUGACAGAAUCUGAUUCAAAAAUUGGGCGUCUAGAAGAUGAAGCUUUAAAAAGGAAAGAAAGAUUAAAAAACCUAAAACGUAAAAGGCAAAAUGAUAGCUCCCGAGAUAAUAACAAAAAGGGCGCUGAAGGUGAAGCCCUUCCUACACCAUUAUUUAGAAGUUACAAACCUAUGAAUGAGAGUUUGAACGAGUUUGCACUUAAUCCAGCGGAGCCCGGCGAUGUAACUACACAGGUGAAAAACCAGCUAGAGUCUGCAAAAUCCAAUGUGGUGAUUGAUCAACUAGAUGUCACAUCAUUGGCCCCCAGGAAACCAGAUUGGGAUCUUAAAAGAGAUGUUGCAAAGAAGUUAGCAAAGUUAGAGAAGCAGACCCAAAAGGCAAUUGCAGAAUUAAUCAGAAAUAGGUUAAAAGAAAGUAAACAAGAAGAUUUGGCUGCCAUUGUAAAUGCUGGAGCAUCAGACUUAUAAUCUACAAAUUUCAGAUUGAACAGACUUUUUAUAUUUUUUGUUAUAUAUUAGAAUUAAAAAUAGAAGUGAUAAUAAGA